UAGUGGAAACGGCCGGAAACCAAGCGGUCCCGGCCUGUGAAUUGGCGCGGGCAUUGUGCGACCUGUAAUGUACAACAGAAUACAUGACUAUCCAAAUACACAGUUCAGCGAGAUACAUCAGAUAUCAGGUUGGUGAAAGGGGAGGUGGUGGGUAGACGCGACAGAAGGUAAAACAACUAAAGGAAGUUGAAAGCGCAGCGCAAUAUGAACUUGAGAAAGGAGCUUAGAUGCAGACGACUUGUCAGUCCCGAUGGAGCAGACGCGAAGGCAGCGCUGAGGGAGCAGGCGGAAGGAAACCUUCUGCCAGUGUCACAUGCACGUCAAAAAACACGUGAGGAACGUGAAAAACCCAGGAUAGUGAACACCCGCAAAGUCCCAUCUACGCUGCAACAACGCAGGACCAUGCGGCACCAUUCAGCGCCAAUUACCGUCGAGAUUAGUCGUGUGAAAUAAGAAUAUUAAACCAUGAUAUUUCAUG